UGGCUUGAGGCUGGCUGAUGUAUCAGGAGAGAGCUGCGUGGUGGGACGGAUCGAGGCUUCGCAGGCGAAACCCGCUGGGACACAGCAUGAUUCGGUAAUUGUCAGUGAAGAGGAAGCGCAAGCAAGAGCACCAGCGAAGAGAGACGGGCUGACAGAAAGGAAGUUGAAGCUUCUCACAGUGAUGCCGCUCGGACGUCCCCGAGUCGGCUUAUCUCCGCAAUCUCCGGCGGGAGACCCUCGCACCGCCGUCUUCCACGCCGACCGCACAACGCGCCCGCCUCCCUACAGACCACCCACUCCUCCGAAGCCACGAAGCCUCCAUGUGAGCUCUGAUCGCGACCUCAGCUACUUCCACGCGCUUGCAAACGGUGAAUACUCUCCGCGAUCCCAUACUGAUCCGCCCGCAACCCUCGCUCUACACCUCUUCCGCGGCACCGACACGCAUCUCUUUCCCAUCGCCGAGCGCCUCACCCUCGGCCCUGCAACAGGCGCACCCUACUAUGCUGCACGGGCGACGCCGAGCACGCUGAGUGCGUCGGAAUACAAUACCCUGAUCGUGUCGCGGAGACAUGCUCUCCGGCUGGUCAGUGAGGAUCUCUGCGUGGCGGAAAUCCGGCCACGGUUGAACCUAUUUGCGCAGGGUGUCCACGACAUUGGGAAGAUAUCGUGCAGGCAGGAAGAGUAUGUGGUGACAUGGAGCAAUGGCACAAUGGGGCCUCUGGACGGCUGCUGGUGUCUUUGGCAACGAGGGAGGGCCGUGGCCCAAUUUUAUGAAGAGAGAGGCUUCAACGGGCUCGACGAGGACCCGGCAAAGGGCAUUAUCUGGGUGAAAGCUCCCUGCGAUCUAGACACCCGCGAAUUCGGCCUUCCUGCCUUCAACGAUCCGCGCACGGAAGACAAUUUGGCGUAUCUCGAUUUCGAGACUGACGUCCCUCUUUUCGUAUCAUCGAACUCAGAAGCGCAUGGAUUGAUGGACGUCAUCGUAGCUGCGCUAUUCAUGUUGCUUACGGUGACUACAAGGAAAGCAGCUGUGAUCCGGCGUCAAGAAGAAGCCGUAUGGCAGCAUGGCGGCCCGCCUCCAGGGUACGCAAGGUGAAUUAUUCUCUUGCGCACGCUCUUGCGGUAGGGAAUUCUCCGGAUCUUAGGGCUCGCCGUACAAGUAAGUAAGAUUGGCUGUCCCAUUGUACGCACCCGCGGAGGCCUCCAGGGGUAGCUGUUGCGCACGUGUUCUAUCCGGAGAAUUUCACACCGUGAGAGGCACGUUACCUGCGCUGUACCUCGAUACCUGCUUAGCUCCGAUUUCUGAAUCACAUGACGACGAGUUCUCCAGGACUCCGAGGCUGAUUUGCCUAUCCUAUUUUCUGAGAAAUUUAGCGAGGUCA